AGAGUAUCUGCAGUAGUCCUCAAACCUCCAGUCAUUCAAUGCUCCACUGUACUGUUUUCUCGGCUGGACAGCGCGUGUGCCCCUAACAAAGGUGCGUCAGUGAGAGUGUAUGUAUGUGUGUGUGAGGGAGAGAGUGUGUGUGCCUGUUUCAGCUGUACCAGGACCAAAACAUUGUGGAUGUGUGCGCAGCGCAUAUUGUGACUGGAUGCCCUCUGCUUCAGAGAACAGGACACACAGAUUCACCUGCGCAACAAAGGGCAUGACGGGGAGCAUCCGAGCAACCAAAACACAGAUGGAGUUAUAAAAACAUUUUCCCAUCUGGGCAGAUCCUUGGGCUUCCAGAAGUCUGAGACCUGGGCAAGCCUCUCCACUUCCACCCUUUGACAGGUAGAACCGUGUCAUUGCACACACAGACAAAUCUAGCGUUCCAUUUCGGAGGGGCAGGCAGGACAACAACAUACUGAGGAGAAAAUACUUCUGGGAAACGGACAAAACAAGAAGUGAACUGCUGCUAGGAAGGCUGGUGAACGUGAGAAAAAUAGCAAAGGAGUGCAACAUGGAUACAAAGAGCAGAGGACAUCUAAGAGGAAGAGAAGAUUCCUCAGAAAGAACUGUGUGCUGUCUUCUGCUCACACUUAUCAUUGGUGUGUGUUGUGUUCAAGCUCUGGAGAUGUCGACUGGUAAAAUACCCUUUUUGACAGCUGUGAAUGGCAGUACAGUUCUCCUGCCCUGCACCUAUGCCAGCUGUAUUGGGAUUAAGGAUCUGUACUUCAAAUGGGAGUUCAAUGAAAAUGGCACCAUGAAGAUGUUGGCUGAUGCUGUUAUUCCAUCGGAUCACAUGGAUCCAAUUAACUUGAUUGUUCACCAAGAGAGGGUGAAAUAUGUUGGCUCCCGUAAAGAAAAUAACAUCUCCAUCCUGCUGUGGAAUGUAACAUUCGAGGAUGCAGGUGCCUACAAAUGCUUUGGCAAAAACCCAAAAGAGAAGUUCAAGAAUCACAGUGCCAUAUUCACUCUAUAUGUUGUAGAGGAAUUAAUAGAGGUUGAUAACACACUUACCAAAAUCAUUGCUUCCUGUGUUGGCGGAUUCAUCGCUGCAUUAAUGGCCUUCAUGCUGAUAAAGAACUUCACUCUGUUCGUACUUGCAAAGAUUGAGGAAAAAAAUAAGGAGUGCCUUGUCACCUCCUCAGGGAUCGAUAAUACAGAGAACGUUCUUUCUGGCUCCAAAUCCACACCAAAGAAAGCAUGAAAGAGUGCACAAAGACCCAGUCCCACAUGCACAAUUAAAUGGCAUAGAUCAGCCAUCAUGCUGUGCCCUCUCUGUUUAUUCAUAUCUGUGUCCACAAGUGCUAUAACAUCUUUUUUUGCGAGAAGAGUAAUGAUAGCAUUCUACUUAUUAUUAAUUCUGCAUAUAUUAUAUUUAUAUAUGCAUUUAAAUAUGCACCACACAUGCACUUAAUUUUAUUGGCCCACAUCAAACCUGUGAACUAUAUUUAUUAUAUAGCCAAUAUAUUUCUUCAAACUAUGCUUGAAACGUAAGAUGUUCUAUUCAUGGCUCCUUAAACUGGACUGUUAAACUGUGAUAGGCCCUUGUUACCCUGUUUAGACUAAAAUAGCAGAAAAAAUAAGUGUUUGACAAAACACGCAUUUAGCUUAGAGUUAGUGUAAUCAUUUAUUUAUAGUUUUAAAUAAUUCUUAUGUUGAGCAUAAGUUAAGAGUAAAGGCCUAUGGUUUUUAUUGUGAGGUCAUGUUGUCAAACAAACGUAAAGGUUUAGAAAAUGUCUUGAAAGGGGAAUUUGUGGUUUCUGUUGAGGUUUUUACCUAAAAGACAGAUAUAGACUCUCGAUGUUGGUAUGGUAACAGUAUGUUUUAAUGAAGUGGGUCUGAAUACCAAAGUCUACAGCAAAGUCUGAUUGUUAUUAGCAUGGGAAGAAUAAGGCCUUUAUGUACCGUACCAGUCCAGUUUAACAUAAACUGUAUUACCAUUUUGCUUGAAAAUGAAUCACAGGUGCCUGUUAACGCUUCUGUCGCCACCUAUUGGUGAUAAAGAGUAAAAGCAAAACAUUAUGACGCAAAGAAAAAAGAGAAAAUAGUAAAAACACUGCAAAAAUUGCAAAAGCCAACAACUAGUUAGUAAUUAAAAGCUAUAAUUAAUGAUACUUGAAAAGCUGUAGAGAUCAGUGUCCCCUUAGAUAAAACCCUGAAUGAAACACUGACAAUGCUGCUUCAAAUAAUUUCCAGUGCAUUAUAGCAUGUGCUAAAUGCCCAGAUUUUUAGGGCUAUGUGACUCGAUAUAUCUGUAAAAACAUAUAUAAUGCUUUUUUUAAUGACAUAUUGAAACACAUUUGUUACAAUUUAAUUAGCAUCAGCUAUAAAAACUGAAACUGCUAAGAAAAACAUGAAUACAAAAAAGGGAAAAAAAGAAUUGCAAACAUGUAGGCCUACACUAUAAAUUUGUCCUGUGACAUCAUGACAAUGCAAUAUUUAAAGGCAAUAAACUCAUCAUCAAAAUCAUUCAAAAGCAUAACGAAAAUAAUAACACGUCUCAUGUUAAUACAGAUUUAUUAUGAUAUUGUAAAUACAAGAACAAAAAGAUUCAUUUGCAGAGGUAGGUUUAGGGACUGACGUCAAGCAAGAUCAUUAUAUCAGAAUUGAGAUCCAUAACAUAAAAAGAUCCCCAAUAAUCUAUUAAACAAGCAAGUUAUGGAGUAAAUAUACAAUUAAAGGAUAUUUCAACAAAUCUAUUGACUCAACUCAAUGGAUCCUUCCUUAAAUACGUGGGUUCAGACUUAAAGGUUUUACACAAUUUUGCUAUUGUUGGUGAAUUUUGAAUUCAGUAAUUCUGACGUCACAAACUCUUAAAGCAGCUUGAUUUCAGUGCCAAAAGGAGUUCACUCCAGAUGAACAGUUUAACAAGUUGCUUCACGUUUCUGAUUGUGCGAUAGAUUUGUUCAAUAUAAAUAUAGAGCACAAAAAUUUGUUUAAGUAAAAUCCGGUAAAUCUGUCAAGAAUUUGGACCUGAAGAAUGUGUAACCAGUAGCUUUUCUUCCACCCUUCCACCCUCUUCAUAAUGUCUUAAAAAGCAUCGUCAUUGAAAGUUUAACAUGCAUUAAUUUUUUUUAUUUCGUGACUUAAGGUUACUGAGGUGAACUGUUUUUGUACAAGGGUCACCAGAAUGUAAACCAUAAAUGAACUGACUGGGAAACUGACUUCAGAAAGUGUCUGUGACGUUGUACUGGCUACAUUUGAUUCUGUUGAGUGUCUGGAAAAUACAGGAUGUGAUGUCAGGAAAGCAAUACAUAUUCAGGGAAUCUAACUCCAUUAUUUUAAAUAUUUGGAUUUAAUAAGAUUUUGGAAAACAGAGGUUUUCUCAGGUUGUUCAGUAAAAGUGAUGAAAGUUCUAGCUGAAUUUUGGGUCUUAGGGCUUCUUAAUACAAUCUCAUGUACUGUUUGCCUCUAUGUAUUAAUGCACUUUUUGUAAGUUAGAGCCCAAAAUUGUUUGAUCAUAUAUUCAGAAAAUGCAAAAACAUCAUCCUUGAUAAUGAAUUAUGCAAUCAAAACUGAUGCUUCACCCGAAAAUGAAAAUUCGUUCAUUUACUCUCACCUUCGAGUUGUUCCAAAUCUGUAUACAGUUAAAUGUCUUUAUGAUGAACACACAGAUAUUUGGAAGAAUGCGUAUUACCAGACUCAGUCUCCCAUAGUAGGAAAAUAUAUAUUUUUUGAUUGUUGAAAAGACAAAUUUGUUCUUCAGAGCAAAUACAUUUAUACAGAUUUGAACAACUCGAAGGCGAUUAAAUGGCAGAAUUUUAAGUAUCACCUUAAGUUUUACUUUGUUACGCUUUUGUUAAUUUUGCAGUCUGAACACAAACGUUAAUCGAGAUUCCAUAUAUCCAUUUCAAGUUUGACAAAGCUAUAGAGAUUAAACUGGAAUUAAUGAUGAAAUCAUAAUUUUAGUGUCUGAACAAACUGUGAUAAACACUUAACUUGUUAGUUGUUCAUGUAAUGUGUCACUUGCAAGCUAAAGAUCAGGACUUUUGCAUUUAUAUGCUUUAAGAAGAGUUGUUCAGUCUUGUAAACAUUGUAUUGUCAGGCCGAGGAAAAUAAAUGCCUUUAAAACCUCCCUGGGCUAUAUCUUAAAAAUAACUGCACCAAUGGUCUUGCAACAAAAGAUAGAACCCAUUAUAGUCAGUGAUGCUGUCCACAUGGGAAGCGACAACAAUUGUCCUAAGGUUUCUAUUAUCAAUUCAUGCUGCUCCCAUCCAGUGUAGAUACGGUCAGAUAACCAAAGACAGUAGAUUUUGUUUGACAUCAGUCCCAAGCCAAAUUGAAUGUAAAACAAGCUGUAGCAUAGAUGAUCCACUCAGCCCAUAAUCCAGAAUCCUUGCUUCCAUUAUUUCCUUAGUAUGCAGGCCUGUUAUUCCCCACGGGUCUGCACAUUCACGUGUAUCAUAUUUAUUAUAACAAGCAGCUAAUAAAACAAAACAAUGUUUGCUGAACUGGUACAUGCAUUCAAUAAAUGCCUCUUUUAU